AAGUUACUUUUGGCUCCAUUCUUCUGGGCACUGAGCUCCAUGCCCUUGGAUAGUCUGCUGGCCUUGGGGCCCCGAAGCAAGGCCACACGACGUCGAAGUAGCUUCACCUUCAAUGAGGAUGGAGUCCUUUCUCCUUUGGCGUCGCUGGCUGCCGCUGGGCGUCGGUCCUUGACACGAAGCAAUAGCUUCUCCGGAAUAACGAGUUUCAAGAGCGAUAGUGACGUGAAGAAGACUGAGAAGCGCCAGACCAUCCAUGCCAGCGCGGCGAUAAACAGCUUGGCACUUGAGCGCCAUACACAGCGCUGCCACACGGAUCCGGGACGAAGUGUACAGCUGGUCUUUCAUGGCCCCUAUGGAGGUGAGGAGACCAGCACCGGACCGAGUCGGGCACCAUCUCUGAUCGACAUGGGUUUUUCCGUGCCGCCGCUGGCACCAAUGCCACCGCCCGUGUCCCAUUCCUUGGAUCCUGAGAAGGAAAGUCCGCGAAUGAGCAGGGAUACGACCCUGACGCCCAACACCGCUCUCUCCAGUUUAGAUUCAAGUAACCAAGGCUCGAGAGCAGUGCGCUUCCGGCAGACCAUUACUGAAGUGGAGGUAACCACCCCUUACAGCAUCGUUUACGAUGGCAUCAAGCCCAUGUGCUUUGACUUUGACCGUUGGGGGCGGAAGAUCUACCACUUCUUUCCCAAUGAGGACGACCCUGGGAUGGAGCAGGUGGACAGUGAUGAGGAUUGAGGCUGCCAGGUGCAUUCCUGCUCCAAGGACAUAGGUGAUUUGAAUUUGCCUCGUACAAGUUUGUAUAUGGACGUUGCUUUCCAAUGGACUUCAGUCCCUUCUCUAGGUCCCCCAUUUUGAAUCUGAGCACUAGCUGUAAUGCACAGUGCUUGACAGUGUGCAACACUGCAAUGCAAACCUGAAAGUUUGGUAUAUGGACAGACGUGAACCUUGGAGUUUGACUCUGACGUUAUGUUCACAACUUAGGCCACCCAGACUCGAUGCAGUACCUCUUUCUGAAGGAAAGGCGAAUUCAGGAGAACAUGCAUUCUUGACUAAGCAGCAGGCAGAUGUAAAGCCUCUUGAACAGCAUUGACGACCAGAGUCAGGCUGACAGAACUUGUGCGUGUUUUCAUAGGUGGGGAGGCUUAUUUUUCCAGAAGGG